CGAACUACGACUUCCUGUCUCUCUCCUCCUCCUCCACCUGCCCUGCCUCUCCCUCGCUCUUUUAUGCCCCCUUAAUCCCCGCCUCGCUGCUCCUCUCUUCGUCACGAUGUUGGUCUCCUUGACUGUUGGCAAGGUAGACGCUGGCGUCGCCGUGCUCUUGACCCAGGACAACCGCCUCAUCGAAUUCCCCUCCGUUCUCCUCCCAAACAACAUCACCUCCGGUAGCAUCGUCGACAUCACCGUGGCGCGCAACCACAAUGCCGAAGCUGCCAGCGCCGCCGGAUUCCAAUCCCUCCAGAAACGCAUCCUGAACACCUACGGCGUCAAGACACCCUCGCCGCCCAUCCUGCGCCUCCGCAACGCAACCCAGACCUCCCUGGUCCUGGAAUGGGAACCCAUCGACCUGGCCACCGCCUCUCUCAAAUCCCUCUCCCUCUACCGCAACGGCUCCAAGGCCGGCUCGAUACCCCGUCCCCUCGAGACUCGCAGCACCAAGAUCAGCGGUCUCGCCGUCCACGCCGAAUACACCUUCCACCUGGUCCUGCGCACCACCGCCGGCACCUACCAGUCCGAGAAGCUCACCUGUCGCACGCACAAGAUGACCGACCUGUCCGGCAUCACCGUGACAUCGGGUGUGUUGCCCCCGCCACAGAAGGACGCCCUCGCGGCCGCGCUGGACCGCAUCGGCGGGAAACUCAUCGACACCGUCCGCAUCGACACGACCCACUUUGUCUGCACGGAGGGCCGCGGCCCGCUGUGGGAGAAGGCCGUCGAGAUGAACAUCCCCGUCGUCGUGCCCGAGUGGGUGGAUGCCUGCGAGGCCGAGGGCACCAUCGUCAGCGUCCGCGGCUACUACCUCAACGCCGACCCUAAGGCCAGACAGCUGGGUCCCAUCCACGGCUCCACGCAGCACCAGCGCACCACCUCCUCGGCCACCUCCAUCCAGCAGCCGCAGACCCCGACUCACCGGCCGCAGUCGCAGUCGCGAUUGAGCCUUGCGCCUCGCGCCUCGCGCGAGCGUGAAUCGCACACCGUCGGCGAGCCUCCGAUCACGCCUUUCCCCGGCGCAAACAUGAGCGGACAGCCCACGGCCGCGGAGGAUGAAAUCGACUCGGACGACGACCAGUCGCCGCCCCCUGCGCCGCCGCCUAAGGACGAAGCCGAAGAAUCGGAAGAGCCGUCGUCGAAUGGCCCUCCCGCGCAGAUUGUAAUCACCGAGCCCACCUCCCCAUCGAAAGACCAACCGUCCAAGAACGAAGAAGACCACGACACCGAAAAGGACCAAGACCAGGAGUCCGACAAGGGCAAGGAAACUGCCGCCGCAGACGCCGGCAAUGAUAAAGACGCGCAAGAAGAAGAAGAUUCAUCAAGUAACGAACAAACCAAGGGAAAGGGUAAAGAAGGCGAGGGGGACUUUAACGAAGUCCCGCUUUAACGGAGCCAUGUGAGCGAUUUCUAAUUUUUUUUUUUUUUUUUUUUUUUCCUUUUCUUUU